AUGGCAAAAAUAUUCCUCACCUUGGCAUGCAUCCUCACCUGGAUCAGCCACUCCCUCGCAAGCAACUCAAUCCCCCAACAACCAUACGCCAACACCACCGGCUCCAACGCCCAAUUCAUCACCUACGACGGCACAAUCUCCGCCCGCGUCUGGUAUCCCUCACGAUGCUGCACCGACAAAUACUUUACAUUCCAGGCCGACUCCCCAGCGUGCUCAGCAGCCGGCAAGACAAAGGGCCCCUUUAAAAAGACCAAGCUCGUCGUGGGUGUGAAUCCCAAAUUAGCCAGCGACGACUGGUUCUUUGAGCUCUGGCAUUCUGCGUCCGACCUGGACGGCUGCGCCAUCGUGUGCUUCACCAACGACACGAUUAGAAACUUGGAUUUCGCGAGCUCCGUGACGGCGUGCUACAAUGGUGGCGAGCCGUGCGGGUCGUUUGCCUUUGGAUACUUGACCUUUGUGGCGGAGAGGGUGCUCGACUUGUCGAAGGUGAAGGUGCAGCAGGGGCAGGUUGCUGGCGGUAGUGGGUAUACCGUCACAGGCGAUUCUACUUCUUUUGUCAAGUCGGGAAAUCAUUCGUAUACUCCUGGUGUGGACGUCGAUGAGAGUUGUGAAUGGACGGGUCAGGGCGGUGGUUUGGAUUCUCAAACCAUAGGUUGGGGCGGUUUGACUUGGGGACCAAAUACGAACUUUACGUAUAGUCUGAGUUUCUCCAACUCUUCUGCGUCAAUGAGCAUUAUGACCUCUGUCAACGGGAGCAGAAUGGAGCUUGAGUUUUCGGGGUCUCGCGCGAAUAGGGAGUCGAUGGAUAUCGAGCUGGUUACGUCUAAUGCGAAGGGGCCGCAGUUUCGAGGGAUUGACGGGAAGGCGCUGAGUUUCUCAAGUACGACAUCUUCAGUUUCAACAAUGGCUACGACGACAUCCGUGGGUGUAGUGCCGGGAGGGACGGUGACAACGGACGGAUCUGGCUUUAGCUUCUCGUCGGCGCCGACGUCGACUUCUACGUCGAAAGGUGCGGGCGCUCAUGGUUUUGGUUCGAAUAAUUUGGCGGAGGGUGGAUCGUUUGUGUGGAGUGUUUUAUCUGUGUUGUUGGCUCUGCUGGGAUAG